AUGCGCCCCCUCGCAAACCCCAAAGGCCACCCCAAAUACCCCUUCAACUCCCCCGGCAGCCCCUCCUCGAUCCCCUCCAGCCAAGCCAGCGUCACCCUCGCCCGGAACCGUCCCUCGCGGCUCCCCCCCCGGCGGUGGUUGAUCAUCUCGACCACCUGCGCAAGCAGGAAGAAGUGCCCCAGCAGGAUCCGCGCGGCGUGGUUUCCGGGCGCGCUGAAGCGCACGAAGUCGUCGCUGCUCAUCUCGCCGAGGCGGUUGUACAUUGCCGCGAACUCGAGACUGCCCACGAACCCGUCCAAGACCUCCCGCCGCUCUGCCUCUCUGACGUCCUCCAGCCUGGGGGCUCUACUGGGGUGCUGGUCCGGCUGCAGCAGGGACCGGAAGCCCGAGACGUAG